AUGGCCAGAGUCCCCCCACUCCCCAGCCCUACUUUACUCACGGUGGCUGGCAGCGGCGACUCUCCAGUCUUUAAGAUCCGCAGGCCCGAGUGCCAGAAGGAGGGCUACCCCAGUUCGGGCGAGGGGGAGGCCGGGGGGCCGGAGGGGCGGGAGGCCGGGACGAGUGCAAUAUUGGCGGGGGAGAGAACAACAGUGCACCGCGUCCCGUCCCUCCCGCCCGCCCGGAGCCCGGGGUCCCCACUCGCCUCCACCGCUGGAAGCCAGAAAGUGGGAGAUGGACGCACAAAGCCUGGGGGUGCUCGCUCGGUGACCCCCGACUCGCUCCGCUCGCUCGGUGCAAUGCAUAAUGACAGAUGCGGGGACUUCGAACCUAGCGGCCCAUUUGGACCCGACGUCCCUCCCCGAACCCCGAAUGUCGCCGUGGCCUCGAAUUCUCUUUCCAGCGCCUGCAAAACUCCACCCCGAUCUCUCUCUUGCCCCGCUGCCCCAUUUCACAUCCCUCUGACCUCACCCACUUUCCUCCUGGAUUUCGGUCCAGCCGUGUCCCCGUGCGCCCCGGAAUCCCUCUCCCAGCCGGGGAACCCGGUCCUCGCUCACCCGCUGCAGCAACCCACCCUUUUCCCUUGCGUACCCGCACCCGGCAGCCUCACCCGCGCGGGAGGGUUCUCGGGGGACACUAGAGGGCAGGCACGGGCUGCCUCAAAGGGCAGAAGGGUCUGGGACCAGAGACACCCCCGCCCUGGCCCGUGGACCCCAGCCACGUCCUUCUUCUUUCGGGGAGACAUCCCCCCCAUCUCCCAGGACCCGGUCCAGGCCGAGGAAGGGGCGUCCCAGGAAAGGCGGGACUGUGGUUUCAGGACAGAAGCUCGAGCUGGCACCCCACUCAACCCUCCCCACCCGCCUGUAUCUGGAGCCAGGGAGUGGUUGGCGAAUGGGGGGGGGGGUGACCAGGUAGAGAACAGCUUGUCCGGAGGCUCGGCCCAACUCUGCAGGGCCCCUCACGCCUGCUCCAGCACCAUCAUGACGCCCGGCACCCGCACCUUCUGCUUCCUUUUGCUGCUGCUACUCCAACAGCUUUCAGAUUCACAAAGCAACGACUCCAGCACCCUGACCACGACCCCCAGCCCCGAGACCCCCAGCCACAGUACGAAAUCCCAGAACAUUUCUACGACCACCGGGGACCACUCCAGCACCCUGACUGCGACCCCCAGCCCCAAACAGGUCUACGACCAUCGGGGGCGACUCCAGCACCCUGACCGCGACCCCCAGCCCUGGUUCGGAAUCCCAGAACAGCUCUACGACCGUCGGGGGCCACUCCAGCACCCUGACCGCGACCCCCAGCCCCGGUUCGGAAGCCCAGAACAGCUCUACGACCAUCGGGGGCCACUCCAGCACCCUGACCGCGACCCCCAGCCCCGGUUCGGAAUCUCAGAACAGCUCUACGACCGUCGGGGGCCACUCGAGCACCCUGACCUCGACCCCCAGCCCCGGUUCGGAAUCCCAGAACAGCUCUACGACCGUCGGGGGCCACUCCAGCACCCUGACCUCGACCCCCAGCCCCGGUUCGGAAGCCCAGAACAGCUCUACGACCGUCGGGGGCCACUCGAGCACCCUGACCGCGACCCCCAGCCCCGGUUCGGAAUCUCAGAACAGCUCUACGACCGUCGGGGGCCACUCGAGCACCCUGACCUCGACCCCCAGCCCCGGUUCGGAAUCCCAGAACAGCUCUACGACCGUCGGGGGCCACUCCAGCACCCUGACCGCGACCCCCAGCCCCGGUUCGGAAGCCCAGAACAGCUCUACGACCGUCGGGGGCCACUCCAGCACCCUGACCGCGACCCCCAGCCCCGGUUCGGAAUCCCAGAACAGCUCUACGACCGUCGGGGACCACUCGAGCACCCUGACCGCGACCCCCAGCCCCGGUUCGGAAUCUCAGAACAGCUCUACGACCGUCGGGGGCCACUCGAGCACCCUGACCGCGACCCCCAGCCCCGGUUCGGAAUCCCAGAACAGCUCUACGACCGUCGGGGGCCACUCCAGCACCCUGACCGCGACCCCCAGCCCCGGUUCGGAAGCCCAGAACAGCUCUACGACCGUCGGGGGCCACUCCAGCACCCUGACCGCGACCCCCAGCCCCGGUUCGGAAGCCCAGAACAGCUCUACGAUCAUCGGGGGCCACUCGAGCACCCUGACCGCGACCCCCAGCCCCGGUUCGGAAUCUCAGAACAGCUCUACGAUCAUCGGGGGCCACUCGAGCACCCUGACCACGACCCCCAGCCCCGGUUCGGAAGCCCAGAACAGCUCUACGACCAUCGGGGACCACUCCAGCACCCUGACCGCGACCCCCAGCCCCGGUUCGGAAUCCCAGAACAAAUCUACGACCAUUGGGGACCACUCCAGCACCCUGACCAUGACCCCCAGCCCCGGUUCGGAAUCCCAGAACAGGUCUACGACCAUCUUACCAGCACCCCUACCAAUUCCAGCACCCAAACCAGUAGCACCAGCAAUGUGUCUCCCACCUCUUCCUCCAAUUAUUCUAUUUCUUCCUUUUUCCUGUCUUUCCACAUUGUAAACCUUGAGUUUACCCCUUUCCUGAAAGACUCCAACAGUCACCCCUACAUGGCGCUACGGAAAAACAUCUCUAGUCUGUUUUUACAGAUCUAUCGAGGCAUGGGUUUUCUGGGCAUCUCCUUUAUCCAAUUCAGGAAAGGAUCAGUGGCAGUCAAUUCCAUUCUGACCUUCCAGAACAGUACCAUUAAUGCCAAGGAUGUGGAGCAGCAGUUGGAAAAACAUAUCUCCUUUGCAAAGAAAACGUAUAACAUGGAAAUGUCUAAAAUUAUGGUGGAUGACGUCACCUUUCCUUCUACCUUUCCUUCUACCCCCACUGUACCUGGCUGGGGCAUUGCCCUGCUGGUGCUGGUGUCUGUGGUGGCGGCAUUGGCUGUCCUCUAUUUCCUGACACUGGUUGUGUGUCACUGUCGAAGGAAGACCUGUGGGGAUCUGGACCUCCUCCCACCCCAGGAUGCCUACCACCCAAUGAGCGAGUACCCCACCUACCACACCCAUGGGCGCUAUGUACCCCCUGGUAGCACCAGGCGGAGCCCUUAUGAAGAGGUGUCUGCAGGCAAUGGCGGAAGCAGUCUCUCCUACACCAACCUCGCAGCCACUUCUGCCAACUUGUAG